GAAUUUUUAGAACAUCAUAGGGGCGGGGCUUAAUUUGACACUAAAGAUGUUUAUCAUAAUUUAUUUUUCCGUAACUUCAAUUUUAAAAAUAUGAUUUCCUAGACUUUUAGUCGGUAAUAACAAUACUGUUACAAAAAAGACAAAUUUUAAUUAAUUUUUGGACUAGCUCAAACUCUUGUUAGGAAUUUUUGGUUUUUUAGGUUGUGUGAUGUUCCAUGUCCCUAACCUAAAUUUUCAAAUUGUGACAAAAAUUUUAUUAUUAUUUUUGUUUAUUUGGAAUAUUUUUAACGAAAUUUAUUUGAAAAAUGUUAACUGGUUUAAAUAAAAGUACAACUAUGAACAGUUCACGACGUAGAUGGUCGGGUUUAUUUCGCAGUGUACGUGAAGAUGAAGAUGAGGAACCCUCCCCAGUGGAAGAAAACGGGGAACCUUCACUUGAAGAAAACGAGGAACCUUCACUUGAAGAAAACGAGGAACCUUUGGGAGAAAAUGAAGACUUAAUGCCUGAAGCCCCAGUCCUGCGAAGGUCAACACGGAAAAAAAUCAGGACUAGUAUACCAGAGCCUGUCCGAGUAGCAAAUAAACCGUUAAAAUUGACUGAGAAAAGUAGCCCAAAAGAGAUUGAAAACUAUUACCUUGAUAAACGAGUAAAAAGACUGAACCCGACUUUGGAGACAAUUUUCGAAGAGCCUCAAGUUGUAAAUAACGAGGAAGUUGUGAUGAGCUCUAGAAAAUUCAAACGUUCAAUUAAUUUCAACGUAAUCGCGGCGAAAAAUAGUGCUAAAAUUAAGAAACGACGAUUGAAAGCCAAAAAUCGAAUGAAGAAAAACCGCAAAAAAAUCCCUUUAGAAUUUGUUAUGAAGAAACUAGCGACACUUGAUGAGUGAAUGAAAUUACACUUUAUAUUAUUUUUCGUACCAAUAAAUAUUUAUUUUUUGUGUA